GUUCUUCCAGGUGGACAGCCUCUUCUUGGCUGUGCACGACCAUCUUGCUUUGGAUGGGCAGACACCGUUAAAGAGGCUACAGAUCUUCCGUGGUUUUAUAGAAUCAAUAACAUAAGUGACGGAUUUUUGAGGGAACGCGAUGCUGAUCACUUACGGCAAAUUCAUCGUGCUGGCAGAGACGUAGCUCACAUUUCGGUUUGUGAACCAGGAUAUUCAAGUUUCUCCUGUGAUGGAGACAAUCAAUGGGUUGGAGGAAUUGGACCGGCUGUGGAUGUACCCGGUGAACCGUAA